AUGUCCCGUCUCGCCGCCCUCCCUCGCCUCCGACCCCAGCACCGCACCGUCAUGACGAUGGGCGCUGCGGCCACGGCCCACCACGCGCCCAAAAGAGAGGGAGACAUCUCGUCCGUCUUCGUCUCCCUCUCGGGCACCGAGCGCGCGCCCCUCCCCGACCGCUUCCGCGCGCUCAAGCGGGACCUCGUCGCCGGGCACGAGGCCGCCGUGGCACAGUCCUGGGGCCGCCUUCUGCGCGCGCUGCGGGAGGAGAACGAGGUCGUCCGGGCCGCGGGGCCGGCCGCGAUCCCCAGCGUCGAGUUCCGGGACCUCAAGGCGGGCGUGGCGGCAUUGCGGGACGAGAUCCGCAAGAGGGGCGCCUUGGUCAUCCGAGGCGUCGUCGACGAGGCGGAGGCGAGAUCGUAUAAAGACGAGAUCGAGGCGUACGUGCGCAGGAACCCAUCCACCAAGGCCUUCCCACCGGAUAACCCGCAGGUCUACGAGCUCUACUGGUCCCCCCCACAGAUCCGGGCUCGGGCGCACCCUAACAUGUUGAAGACGCAGGAGACGCUGAUGCGCGAGCUCUGGCACGCGUCGACCGACGCCGCCAUCUCGAUGCAGCCCUUGACGUACGCUGACCGCCUGCGCUUACGACAGCCCGGCGACGCAACCUUUGCCCUCGGCCCGCACGUCGAUGGCGGAUCCGUGGAGCGCUGGGAGCGGGACGGGUAUGGCCGCGGCGGCACCUACGACGCCGUCUUCCGUGGCGACUGGGAGGCCUACGACCCGUGGGACGCGACGGCGCGCGUCGGAGCCGUGCAGGACCUGUACAACGGCGCCGGCGCGUGCAGCAUGUUCCGCAUGUUCCAGGGGUGGCUGAGCAUGAGCGCGUGCGGGCCGCGCGAGGGCACUCUACUGGUGAACCCGCUCGUCCAGCUCUCGACGGCCUAUUUCCUGCUGCGGCCGUUCUUCCGGCCGCGGCGGGAGGUUCGGGAGAUGACCUCGGGGGCUGCCGACGGCGCCGAGGGCUUCCUGGCCGAGGACAACUGGGCGUUCGCAGGCGGAGAGGCGAUGAGCAGCGAGCUGCAGGGUGCGACGCCGGGCCACUGCCAGGAGCUGAGCGACGCGCUGCACCCGCACCUGCGACUCGGCGGCGGCACGAUGGUCCACGUCCCGCGGAUCCGGCCCGGAGACUACGUCGCGUGGCAUGGGGACCAGGUGCACGCCGUCGACGCGGUGCACCGCGGCGCGGGGGACUCGAGCGUGCUGUACGUGCCCGUGUGCCCGGCGACGGAUCUCAACGUCGCAUACCUGGCGCGGCAGCGGGAGGCCUUCCUCUCGGGCCUUCCGGGGCCGGAUUUCCCCGGCGGAAAAGGGGAGAGCGAGCACGUCGGGCGGCCCGGGGAGGAGGCCGUCAGGGGCGCGGAGGCGAGGCGGGCGAUGGGACUGGAGAGGCUGCUGCUGCCGGCUGAGGGGGGGGAGGGACGCGGCGAGCGGGAGCUGAUCGAGAGGGCGAACCGAGUACUGGGGUUCUGA